AGCAUCCAUACUUCAUUCCUACAACGCAAACAUGUCAACUACAGAAAAACGCUGCAAAAUAUGCAGAAGGACCCUGGUUAAGUUGUCUAAUUCGCAAUAUGCACCAUGUCCGGUGUGUGGAACUGUCAGCCUUUUUUACAGAAAGCUCAAGGUCCCUGUUCUCAAACGAAUUGAACAAAUUACCAAUGUAGUCGACGAUCUUCAACGAAACCCCUCUCAGACAUUGUCGAGGUUACCACGUUUUUCUCAAAUCAGUAUCAAACAACAAACACAAACACCUCUGGUGCAAAAAAGGAAGAAGGCUGUUUUAUGUGGUGUGACCUACAAAGGCCAUAGCAAGAAACUUGAAGCCAGUGUUCAUAAUGUAAGGAGCAUGCAACAACUACUUGUGAACAAACUGGGUUUUCUGAAUGAUUCAAUCCUCGUCCUUACAGAAGAGGAAUCCGAUCGCUCUAGGAUUCCAAAAAAACGUAACAUACAAGAGGCAUUACGCUGGCUAGUCGAAGGUUGUAAAUCUGGGGACUCGUUGAUAUUCUACUAUUCAGGGCAUGCAUGCAAAGUUCCUGAUGAAGAUGGAGAUGAGAUUGAUGGGUAUGAUGAAGCGUUGUGUCCUCUUGACUAUAGAGUGGCUGGAGUGAUACUUGAUGACGAAAUCAAUGCCACCAUUGUAGCACCACUGCCUCAUGGAGUAACACUUCAUAGUGUUAUUGACACUUGCUUCAGUGGAACUGUGCUAGAUUUGCCCUUUCUUUGCCAGAUCAACCAGGAUGGACUAUAUAUGUGGGAAGAGCACCAACUUAUAAAUAAAGGGACUCAAGGAGGCAAAGCACUGUGUAUUAGUGCAUGUGCAGAUAACCAGAACUCAGCGGAUACAUCGGCUUUCACAGGCAAUGCUAUAGGUGCAUUAACUUUUAGCUUCAUCCAAGUUAUUGAAACCGAAAGCAAAUUGACCUAUGGAAGGUUACUUAGCUCAAUACGCAAAAAAGUUCAUUACGCUCAACAAAUGGUGGGGCGGUUUGUACCAUUUGCAUCUUCUAUGUCUCAGGAGCCUCAACUAUCAUGUUCAACAAGAUUUGAGAUUUAUUCGGAGCCUGUUAUGAUGUAAAGUAUAAGUAUAAUUCUACCAGAGAUUAAAUGGAGAUAAGAAAAACAAUUUAUGAAAAUUUACUACUAAGUUGUUAAGUUUUAAGCUAAAUUUGGAGGUCUUAUCUAUAAUUGAGUCAUAGUGAGGUAGUUACUCACCUAAAUUGUCAUCUUUCAAAAGGUCAAACCGACAUUUCAAAAAGGUGUAAUGGUUUAUGGUAUAUUUCCAAUAAUAAAUGGUAUGUAUGAGAUGAACAAA